CAUAUAUAUAUAACUCUAUAUCUAUCUCUAUCUCUCCUUUAAAUACUCCAAAACAAACAUCUUUUCUGGGACUUUUUUUCUUUUUUUUUUAUUUUUCCUUGUUUUAUCUUUAAAGCCAAACAAAACCCUGAAAUCUGAAUAAACCCCCACCCACAUUUGCACAUAUAUCUGCAUGCCCACCCCUACUUUUUCCUCUUUACUUUGCUUUCGUUUUUCCUCUCCCUUCCUUCUUCACACAUUGUUCUUCUCUCUCUCUCUCUCUCUCUCUCUUAUAACUUGUGUCCGCAAACCAAAUUAAGCAAAAGCAAAGCAUAGUUUGUUAUACAGUGAUCAAAGAAAACCAAGAAGAUAUUCAUCCGGUGUUAAUGGCGGUUGAAGCUCGGCAUCUCAAUUUUUUUCCUUCACAGAUACUUGGCAAUAGAGGUAUAGCGAUGAAUAGUGUUGAAGGCAUCGGAAACGUGUACGGCGGCGCUUCGACGGGAUACGGUGUACUGGCUCCGUCGUCGGGAACCACGACGGCGACUGAAACUGUUUUUCCGAUGUACGGUUCGAUGUUGAUGGAAAACGGAACGGUGAAAACGGCGGCGGCGGCAAUGAAGUCCGAUAGCGGUCUAACGUACGCCGUUCCGGUUUCGAGGAAGCGUUCCCGAGAUGCGGUCAUGAAUCCUAUGUCUUCGUCACUACCGAGCGGCGGCGUUGAGAAUCAGACUGCGAAUUACCGCGGCGGUUCGUUAACUUUUCUCGGCGAAGAUUUCUCGUUUGAAUUCCAGCAGCAGCAAAUGGAAAUCGAUCGGUUCAUCGCACAACAUACGGAAAAGGUGAGGAUUGAAGUUGAAGAGAGGCGGCGGAGAUACUCGCGGCGGAUCGCGGCGGCGGUGGAGGAAAGCAUAAUGAAGAAACUGAAAUCGAAGGAAGAAGAAAUCGAGAAAAUCGGGAAAUUAAACUGGGCGCUGGCUGAAAGAGUUAAAUCUCUGUGCGUGGAAAACCAAAUAUGGAGAGAUUUGGCUCAGACCAACGAAGCCACAGCAAAUGCCCUCAGAACAAAUCUGGAACAAGUCCUCGCUCAAGUCCAAGACGUCCGGCAGCAGGAAAUUCCCCACCGCCUCAACGACGCCGCGGCGGCGCUUGCCGACGACGCGCAGUCGUGCUGCGGCAGCAACGCUCACGAAACCGAGAUGCCCCGAACAUUUCCGGUGGAUAGCCCGCCGGCCGCGGGCGGCGGCCACGAUCGCGAUUACAACGGUAACAAUAACAUGAACAGAGCAUGCCGGAGCUGCGGGAAAGAGGAAUCGUGCGUGCUGCUGUUGCCGUGCAGGCAUCUCUGCCUCUGUACUUUCUGCGGGUCGUCUCUUCACACUUGCCCCGUUUGCAACACAACCAAAACCGCCAGCGUUCACGUUAAUCUCUCCGCCCCUUGAAUUUCGGAAUUCAAAUUAGCCGUUAUAAAAAAAUCUCCGAAAUGAAAUAGAUAUUCGUUGCUAUCCGAAUACACAAAAAGAAAAAUUCACAAAUAGAACCACAGGAGUCUCGAUUAUUUUUUUUUUUUUUUUUAGCCCUACUGACUUUGUUCCGAUUUCAAUUAAUCAAUGUAAUUACUACUUAAUCUUCAAUUUUCAAUCUUUUAUCGCCG